UAACUCGUUAUCAUUAUUAUCGAUGCAUUGCUAAUUUUGUUCACGAUGCUUUGUUCGUCGUUGAAGCGUCUGCUCAGUUGGCUUUAAUCCAGAGCUUGCGCGCGCAAACGCUAGAAAAUAAUUCACGAUCGCUGCUAAGGUCAGCGGGCUUCUAAGUCAAUCGGUCAGUCGGGCCUCGCGGUUGAUCGAUCAUCGAUCAGGAAUAUUAUUUGGAACGACAUUCUCUAAAAGAGGGAAAAAAGAGAUGCCGGACGCGAAGAAAAAAGUAUGCAUCGUCGGCAGCGGCAAUUGGGGCUCGGCAAUCGCGAAAAUCGUUGGGGCGAAUGUCACGAAAUACAAUAAUAUAUUUGAGACACGAGUGACGAUGUAUGUGUAUGAGGAAAUUAUUAAUAAUGAGAAACUGACAGACAUAAUCAAUACUCUUCACGAAAACGUUAAAUAUUUGCCUGGGCACAAACUUCCAGAAAAUGUGGUUGCUAUACCCGAUGUUGUGGAGGCCGCAAAAGAUGCCGAUAUCCUCAUUUUUGUCUUGCCGCAUCAAUUUAUUCGCACCUUAUGCUCGACGCUGCUGGAUAACAUAAAACCAACCGCGGUCGGUCUUUCUCUCGUUAAGGGUUUUGGACGAGGCGAAGGAAACAGUAUUGAGUUGAUUUCUAAGAUCAUUGAGAAGAACCUAAGAAUACAGUGUAAUGUCUUAAUGGGUGCCAAUCUUGCCAAUGAAGUCGCCGAGGAAAAGUUCUGCGAAACUACAAUUGGAUGUAAAGAUAAACGAUUAGCACCGGUAUUAAGAGACCUCAUUCAAACUCCAAACUUCCGAGUGGUUGUUGUAGAAGACUGUGAAACUGUGGAAGUUUGUGGAGCCCUGAAAAACAUAGUGGCAUGCGCUGCCGGUUUCGUGGAUGGUCUCGGAUUGGGGGACAACACAAAAGCCGCGGUGAUCCGAUUAGGAUUGAUGGAGAUGGUCAAAUUUGUCGAUACCUUCUACAGCGGUUCUAAACUUUCCACAUUCUUCGAAAGUUGCGGUGUAGCAGAUCUGAUUACAACGUGUUACGGAGGAAGGAAUCGCAGAGUCUGUGAACAAUUCGUUAAAACUGGCAAGACGAUCAAGGCAUUGGAAGACGAAUUAUUGUCCGGGCAAAAGCUGCAGGGACCAGCAACGGCAGACGAAGUUCACGAUAUGCUGAAGGCGCGUAGCCUAGUGGACAAGUUUCCACUGUUCACAGCAGUGCAUCGUAUUUGCACCGAUCAAUUGCGACCGGCGGAUCUCAUUGAUCAGAUUCGUAGUCAUCCUGAGCAUGUGAUGAGAUUAGAAGAGGGAAGUAUAUAGUUUGUAUAUACUCGAUUCAGUAUAUACAAACUCUUGUAGGAACAGCCUGAGACAUCAGAAGACAAAUGAUUUAAGCAAAGACUUGUACAUAUUCUGAGCACUUAAUAUAAUUGUAUUGCUGUAAAUAAAGAUCAACUUUAAUUAUAUAAAGUAAA